GCCCAUCCGCCCAUCCCUCUGGACUCAUACCAUACAAUGCCAAAGUCUCAUCGUCCCCAGCGUCUCUUUUUGGGCGUCUUCUCAUCUGGUAACAAUGGUUAUGCUGACAAACAUAAGCAGUCUUCAGCUGUGAGAGCCAAACCAAGACCGCUGUCUACCACAGAAUUCAAAUCCCGGACCCUGAGUCAGUGUGGGUUCGUGUCCUGCCAGAUCUCCUUUCGCCCCCUUCGCCAAUCCUCGCGUCCUGCCAUCCUCAUUAGCCGCAUGAAACCAACCUUGACAACAUCUAAGAUCUACAUCCCCAUAACCAUUUUCGACCCUGGUUCAAUCGCAUCAGACUUCGGUCAUCCAUCCGAAGCUGUCCAUCGCCUGCACCUUGCGCGAAACCAUGACUCGACAACGCCGUCAUCUGCUCAUGUCUCGGAAGCUGAAGCCCGCAACGUGCCUGUUAUCUGCCUGGGUCAGGUGAACAGUCCGCAUAGUACGGGGUUUGCCGUGCUAACAUGGCAGAAGCGGCGAGCUUCGACUGUUCUCAGGUGGGUGGAAGAGAUCUAAUAACAUCAACGACAAAAGGUUCGGGGCCUCAGCAACAUUUGAGAACCUCUUACCCCACGGGAUCAUCAGGCAUCUUCCGGAUCCUCGGUGGGCAAGUGAUCAUCAGUGGCGAACUGUUCAGGAACGCAUGUUCCACGUGAGAGCAAUCCUUCAAGAGCAUGGAACCAAGGAUGAGCAUACUGGAGAAAACGGUCAGGCCAGGUCACUGAAGCCAGGUAACACAAACCUGAACCAUGGAGAUUACGCACAUCCAUCCCUGUUUCGCGUGUGUGAAGCUGCUGAUCUCCUGUUGAUCAAUUUGCCAGGCCACUUGUCACCCACGACAGAUUGACCAGACUAUUUGACAGCUCUAACUCUUUCUUCAGACUCCUGCAAGCACUUUAAGCCUAUUUCUCCUUGUUCGGAUAGGGAGAUGCAGCUCUAGUCUAUCACCAGCGAUGCUCCCUGAAACAUAACUGGCGCCAUUUCCGCUCCGCCAGUGAUUUCUUAGCUCUUGCCUUUCAAGACAUAUUAUUGCAAUGGUCACUCCUGACAUGGACCCGAUCUUGAUAGCGGUGUCUUGGCGACUACUGAUUGUCAGUCGCGACAAAAUCGCUAUGCUGUGCACGAAAAUCCCCUCCCCUGGUUGGCAUACAGCCAUAGGAAGGAUGCACAAGGCUCGAGCAAGGGACACGUCACCUGUAGUCACCCAUCCUCAACUGGGCCGGUCCCAUAACUUCACAUAUCAAUGUACGUACAGGCAAGUCAUAUUCCCUUUCGCUUCAUUCGUUUCUUCUCACAUACUGCCGUCUUGGAUGGCUGGCGCAACGGUUACUUCCGUCAUUGGCCAGCCGUGCUCCUGAGAAAAUGCUAGCUCUCUCGUUGUACUCACACGACCAACGCCUGACUCCGCUCUUCAGAAGAUGCUCGUGCCAAUGGGGUAUCUAGCUGCAAAUGCCAGAAUUGCAUAUGCAGAUUGAGUAGGGGUACAAGCACGACACACUACAUUCUAUGCAGGCAGAUCAUGUGCGUAUCCCGGCCUGGUGGAAUUGAUACCUGCUCUGGCUUCGAUGAUGGACAAAGCUUUCAUACUCAAUCUGUGCCUAGUCCAGAAGUUGAGACUGUUAGCAUCUAUUCAGUAUCAGCCCCUCAAGCCGCGGGUACGCCGUUCAGGUCCAUGCCUAGGCAAGCUGUUUCAGGUCCAACACCAUCGCUUGCAAAAGGACAUUGCCGUGAGCAAACCCUCGGGGAAAUUUGUCAUAUACUCGGGAUGAAAGCCACGCCCAAUGGAAAGUCAUGGUCGCUGGCAUUGACAAAGUGUAUUGAGGACGCAUUAGGCGACCCGCAUCAAAUGGUCUGCUUACUUGUACCUCACCAAUAUCUCCCUCAGCCUCAGCUGGCAGCAAGCGUCUUGCGCUACUGGUUCUCAGCAGUUCUCUGAGACCUGCAAAUGAUGCAACCCACUAGAGUAACCCUCUGUGUUCACUGGUCCGACAUCAACGGUGUCUCCGCUCAUGUUCAGGACCUCUGACUGCGAACUGCGAUCCCGCUUCUCCGCGUCGUAAAGUGCCCUCGGACUUCAUAGGCUGAGUCAUGGCCAGCAGUUUGGAUUCCAAAAAGGAGCUCCAGAACCAGCAAGUGGCUCCAGGGCAUCCGUCAUUCAGGUACAGCUGCUCUCUUGAAUUUAGGCUUUGGGGGACGAAGAUCUCACCUUGCAGAUAUGAUCACCCAUGCAUAUACCUAUGGUCCUAUCGGUGCUCUGCAAGGCCCCUGCUCCUCUCGAGGCUGGUAGGAGCAGUAGCGGCGAGGGUGACAAAAUCAUAAAAGCCAGAAGAGGUGAAAGGGGGUGAUUUUAAUCCACCUCUCAUCGAAAUUGGGACGUGGAUUGAGUAUAAAUCAUACAUAACCCAUUUGAGGCAGCAAUGGACGACGUGCAGGCAAUCAAAAUCAACUUAACAGCUUAAACCCUGUGAGUCAACCAAAAGAGAAUGGUCGGUGUCCCCGGUCGAAGCAAAGGGUGCCAUACAUGUCUGAAAAGGAGGAUCAAGUGCGGUAAGUUCCUGUUCCUGAGUCCACCCUGCAUAUGGUGUUCCCCAUCAAAGUUCACCCCAGCGAAUCUUUUUCUAAACCACCAACUGCGUUCGUUCCACAGAUGAGUCCAGGCCGACCUGUAAGCGUUGCGAGAAGGCUGGGUACGUCUGUGCAGGAUACGACCGGAAACUUCAAAUGCGGUUUCACACAUUCGAAGCGGGAUCUGCAGAGAAUCCCGCAGCAUCAACAGUAUCGGCAAGAACAACGAAAGAUGUUCCUUUCAGGUUGUCGACAACCGUGACUGUCCCGCUGCAGAAGAAUCUCGUCCUUCGCUCUAACAACGAGGGUCCGGCUCCACCAACGAGCGUCUUACCCCAGGAACUGAGUCUAGUGGCGUUCAGGGACGACGUCCAGUUCUCCUAUCUCUUCGACAACUUCGUGUGGAGCAGCUAUGGUUCUCCGUGGCUGCAGAUGGCCGCGGCAGGGAGGCUUGAUGCAUUGUCUCUCGAGGCUUGUCGUGCGUUUUCCCUCAGUAUUUUCGGCAAGCACCAUCAUCAACGCGAUAUCGUAGUCAGCGGAGCCAUGCAUUACGACCACACGGUCCGCGCCCUUUCGUCUCGGCUCUCGCGCGUGGGCUCGCCUGGGAGUGAAGGCCUGAUCAUCCCCAUCACGAUUCUCCUGAUGCAUUCGUCCACGACUCCGGACCCUCAGGCGUCUGCUUUCCACAUCCAGGGGCUGUUGAAGCUGGUUCAGAUCUGUGGUCCCGAGAGAUUUGCGGUCAACCCUUUGAGGCUGGCUUUCGAAUCGUGUCGUGCAACGCUGAUCACUAUCGGUCUGAUCACGAAAACCCGAACCUUUCUGGAACAAUCUGUCUGGAUAGACGAGCCAUGGUCGCUCUGCGGUCAAGGGAAUAAAAGUCCUCAAAACCAGCUCGUCGACAUCCUCGUCUAUGUUCCAGGCUUCCUCGAAGACCAAGCCCAACUCGAGCAACAGCCCUCCGAGGACUUUCGACUAGAUCUGGUGCAGCGCAUUGAAUACCAGGUUGCAAGACUUUACAACUGGCGAUGGCACUGGGAGGAGAUCAAUCCCAACUCUGUAUGGGGAGUUGACCCAACAGUUAUUCCUUCGCAUCAACUUCUUGCUGUAAACCCACGACCAAUUCGAAAUACUCUGAUCUUGUCGACGUUUUCGAAAGCCAUCGAGAUCUCCUUGUACAACGCAGUGUUGUUGUGUCUAUUGGGUUUGUUGUGGAGCUUGAACCCCAUCGAUGGCGACGAAUAUUCGCCCUCCCCGAUGGAGCUGUCGUCGCAGUCGCGGACGCAGACUCCUCUCCACCUCCCAGGCGAAGUCGACUCGCUGAUCAAACCAGCCAUCGAGAUCUGCCGAGCCUUUGAAUUCCAGCUGUUGAACGUCAAGAAUAGCAGGGAUACGGCAUUGUUCUGGCUGUUUCCUUUGGGGCUGGCAAGCAAGGUCCUCGAAGACAACGCCGAGUAUAUGGCUUGGAUCAAGGACAUGUUGGACUCAUCCCAGAUCACAAGGGGGUAUGGGACGAAAGGCCAGAACACCGCAGGCUUUGGCUUCUACAAGUUCCCGCAGAUCAAACGGAGGAAGGCUCACGUGCGACCCAUGAUACAGCCACAGUACGAUUCUGAUACGCUGAAGCGAUAUUCAGAUAGCUCGUCGCCAGACAGUGGCUGUUGGGAGUGAGCUUGUGAAGCAGGACUCUCAUUUUGAGCGUGGCGUUUUGGAGUCUCUCUAGUACCUUUGUCCGGAUUCAACGCACAGGUAGACAUUCUAUCAGCAGUGCAGGCUUCACUUCAAUAAAUUUGCUCAAAUCGGC